UAAGGCUGAACAGAGCAGAGGAGGAGCUUAUAAUUAGAGCCAAGUUUUGCAUUCAAAAGGCAGCAAGUGCAGGGAGAGAGGAGCAGCAGAAAAAGACAGUGUGGGGAAGGAGAGGAGGAAGCAAGGAGAAAGGGGCAGCUGUCAGGGCAAGAAAGUGGGAGGGAGGAGAAGAGAAAAGGCAAAGGGAGGCAGCAACAGUCUGGGGGGUCAAAAGAGGAAGAUCAAGGGGUAGACAGGCUGCAAAAUGGCAUUGCUCCUGUGGCUGGGCUCCCAGCUGUCAUCCGUCUGGAGCAACAUCUCUAUACUGGGAGUUUUUCUUACAGUGUUUACUUUACUGCUUGACUUCAUGAAGCGCAGAAAGACCUGGAGCCGUUACCCGCCAGGCCCGGCCUCGCUGCCGUUCAUCGGGACCAUGUUCUCCAUUGACUUCCACAAGCCCCACCACUCCUUCCACCAGCUUCAGAAGAAGUUUGGAAACAUCUUCAGUCUCCAGAACUGCUGGAACAACGUGGUAGUUCUGAAUGGGUAUAAAACAGUGAAGGAAGCUCUGGUCCACAAAUCAGAAGACUUUGCUGACCGGCCGCACUUUCCAAUAUAUGAACAUAUGGGCUAUGGAAAGAAUUCUGAAGGGGUUGUUGUAGCAAGAUACGGGCACGUCUGGAAGGAGCUAAGGAGAUUCACACUCUCUACGCUGAGGAACUUUGGGAUGGGAAAGAAAUCCCUGGAGGAGCGAGUGAUAGAAGAAGCUGGCUUUCUUUGUGCUGAAAUAAAGUCUGAAGAAGGUAAAUCUUUUGAUAUACAUGUUCUUAUAAAUAAUGCUGUCUGCAAUAUGAUUUGCACCAUUGUCUUUGGAGACCGUUUUGACUACGGUGAUGAGACAUUCAACAAGCUGUCACAGUUAUUUCAAAAUUCCUUGAAUGAAGAAACUGGAUUCCUGCCUCAGUUUCUUAAUGUGGUGCCCAUUUUGUUGCGCAUCCCUGGAGUGCCACAGAAAGCCUUUCGAGCACAAAAGGAGUUAAUGGACUUCAUAGAUGUGGUCAUAGAUAAGCAUAUGAAGACAUGGGACCCUGCUUACACCCGAGAUCUCACAGAUGUGUUUUUAAAGGAGAUGGAGAAGGGUAAGGCAGCUGAAGAGAAUGGUUUCCACUAUAGCAACCUUCGUCUGGUGGCCGUAGACUUGUUUACAGCUGGUUCUGAGACCACCUCCACCACUCUUCGGUGGGCAUUGCUUUAUAUGCUUCUCCACCCAGAAAUACAGAGUAAGGUUCAGGCAGAGAUUGAUAAAGUGAUUGGCAGAGAGAGACCCCCCACCAUGAAGGACCAGGCAAGCAUGCCCUACACUAAUGCUGUGAUCCAUGAAGUGCAGCGCUGCGGGGAUAUUGUUCCUGUUGGGCUACCUCACAUGACAUACCGGGACACUGAGUUGCAAGGCUUCUUUAUUCCCAAGGGGACGACAAUCAUCAUCAACUUGUCUUCCGUGCUGAAGGAUGAGACAGUCUGGGAGAAACCAAACGAGUUUCACCCCGAGCACUUCCUGGAUGCAAAGGGGCAGUUUGUGAAACCAGAGGCCUUCCUGCCCUUCUCAGCAGGUCGCCGUGCCUGUCCGGGAGAACAGCUGGCCAGGAUGGAGCUUUUCCUCUUCUUUACCACUCUCCUGCAGAAAUUCACUUUCGUGGUCCCUGAGGAGCAGCCCAGGCCACGGGAGGACGCUCACUUUGCACUCACGAACUCUCCACACCCAUACCUGUUGCGAGCUCUCCCAAGAUAAAUGCACACCAUUCUCCUUUCACUCACAGACCACCACCCACCCAAACUCUGCCAGAAACACUGCAGGUCUAGGCAGGAUCAUGCCAGCUUCAAUCUCAAGUCUGUGCAGAGGGCCCCAUCUGUGUAAAGUAAGGAUCUAGGCAAACAUCUUGUUUAGCUUAAUUCUAGUUCUGGUUCUUGAAUCAGAUGUGAACUUCAGCUUCUACAACAAGGUGACAUUAAAAUGUAGUUUCAGAGUAGUGCUUCUGAAAAAUCUUACCAUCCAACACAUACAUGUCCCCUUCAUUCCUUCCUGUUUAUUACACCCUCCUGUAUGCUGAACAAAUACUGCGUUGUCUUAAUUUAUAGCUUCCAAGAAAGUAAGUUUUAAUCCUCACAACCCUUAUAACACUAUGCCCUCCAGUAGGAGUAAAUACCAAGGAGUAGAUGAAUAAUCCAUAUGAUGUUUCAGCCACAGGAGGUCAUUUGUGAAAUACAGAAAUCUUGAUAAAUACAUUUAAAGAGAAAUCCUGCUGUUUAGAUUUACGAUCUCCUCUAAUUAAAACUUUUUUUUGUUUGUUUGGUUGGUUUUUUUUUGUUUUUUUUAUUACAUAAAGUCAGCUCUUGGACAGGUUUGGAACUCAGAAAGGGAUGGAGUUAUACUGUUUGAAACUGUAGGGCCAUAGAUUUCAGAGUUACCUUUCUUCAAUAUUCCUGACAAAUUGUUUUGCAAAAUGUACAGAUAAGUUGAUGUUUAAAUUAGUGGUAGCUCCCUUACCACAUGUGAAAAGACAAUAGCACAAAGGAGCUCCUAAGUAUAACCACCACUAAAAAAAAAUUAUCUGAAAUUGAGUGCAUGUGUGCAGAAGUAAUUUUGUGUAGCAGUAAUUUUGGAAGCUAUGAAAGCUAUUGAAUUAUGUGAAUACUUAUUAACAUAAUUAAGAUUUGAACUUCAGCAGGAACAGCACAUUUAUGCUUUUCAUCUACAAAAUAACUUGAAAGAAUAAAAGUGACGUGAAAUCUUC